AUGGGAGAGACAACAACACCGUCAUUCACCUCCAUCUUUAGCAGGGACAAAAAGAAGGCUCUCGAUAACGAAAGAGCCGGCACGCCAUCGCGGAAGGGGAUGAGACGUUCGGCUUCCGUCGGUAUUUUCAAGGCAGCUCUAGGCAUGUUGCGUACGAAAUCCGUCGGCGAUUUGACGGUAUCGGACUCGAAGCCGGAUCCGGUCGAUGUGGAUUCUAAGGUUGGGCAGAAAGGAGGGGAUGUAGGGUCAGAGAGUCCCGUGCAACCACAAAGCUCUCAAUUGUCACCUCCCCGUCCCCCUCCUGAAAAGGUUAUACUUGAGAUCGUGCCCGAGCCUAUAUCCGGGGAGGAACGUAAAGAGGAAGCAAAGGCAGCGUCUUUGUCUCCGAUCGUGCUGGCGAGCGACGUGAUCCGAAACGAAUCGCCUCGCGAAGGAAUCGCCAAAGAGAAAUGCGGGCAUCACGGCGAUCAUGAAGGUGGCGAUGAGAAGAUCGAUAUCAAGGCCGAAGAAUUCAUAGCUCAAUUCUAUGAGCAAAUGAGGCUUCAAGCCUCCAAUUCUUGA